UCCGCCAAGACAGUUGACAAAACUUCGCGGUUCCACACUAGUAUAAUCUCCCGUGGCACAAAUCCUCCCAACAAACAAAACCCUCCUUCUCUUUCUCAACUUCCUCUGUUUCUUUCUUCGAUCCUCCUGCCUACUCUUCCCCUUCCUCGCCUCAAGGAAACCACCCGCAAAGGUUAGAGGAAGACCAAUUCCAGCCGCUGCUUUUCCGCCAUGGACGGCGGCUACCGCUCCAAGUCGUACGCCGGCGGGCGCAUGCAGAUCGAGCCUUACACGGGCGGCGCGCGGCCGGACUUUUCGCGGUCCAUGUCCUACGGCAGCGGCGGCGGCGGGCCGUCGUACCAGUACCAGUACGAGUACGGCGCGGGGACGGUGGCGACGGUGCCGGAGGAGGAGGUGAAGAGGAGCGCGUCGUCGAAGCGGCGGUGGCUGUCGCUGGGCGACCCGGACAUGGAGCGGAAGCGGCGGGUGGCGGCGUACAAGGCCUACGCCGUGGAGGGCAAGGUCAAGGGCUCCUUCCGCAAGAGCUUCAGGUGGGUCAAGGAUCGCUACCUGCACCUCGUCUACGGCUGGUCCUAGAUUAGCUUCUAGCCAGCCGCGGCCAAGAAAGAAACAUAACAGAGCAGAUCGAUCGAUCGACCUGCAAGAUACAACUUUCCUUUCUGUUCAUAUUUCCUUUUGAUGCUUUGGAGUUUUGAUGAUCAUGGUCAGUGAAGAUCAAUCUCCAUAUGUGCUUCUCAAUUUCUCCUCCUUAAUUUUUGAUGUUUUUUUUUCUUCGGUUCUUGUUCUUGGCGAUGUCAAUCAAGUGUGCUGUAAGUUGUAUCUAUUGGAGAUUUUCAAGGAAUCAAUCAUGGCUGUUGAUGUGUACA